UUAGGUUGCAGAUCGGAAGUAAACACGUGUCUUUCUCUCCCAUCCACGAUGCUUUUCCACGGCUUACCCGGAGGCGACAUGCAGAGCGUCAUGGAAGAAAUGGAGCGCAGAAGCAAAGGGGACUCGACCGCGAUCAGUUCGGCUAUAGACAUGGGUGAAACAGAAACGAGCAUGCCCUCCAUGAGCGGCGAGCGUGUGACUCUGUGCGCGGGCUGCGGUGGAAAAAUCUCCGACCGCUAUUACCUGCUGGCAGUGGACAAGCAGUGGCACAUGAGCUGCCUGAAGUGCUGCGAGUGCAAACUGAUCCUGGAGUCAGAACUCACCUGCUUCAGCAAGGAUGGAAGCAUCUACUGCAAGGAGGACUAUUACAGGAGGUUUUCUGUGCAGAGGUGCGCGCGCUGCCACCUCGGGAUCUCGGCCUCGGAGAUGGUGAUGCGCGCGAGAGACUUGGUGUACCACUUAAACUGCUUCACGUGCACAACGUGCAACAAAAUGCUGACCACAGGUGACCACUUCGGCAUGAAGGACAGUCUGGUGUACUGCCGCUUACACUUCGAGACGCUGGUUCAGGGGGACUACGGGCAUUUCAAUCACGCGGACGUGGCACAGAGCAAAACGCUGGGCACGGCGGGGGCGCUCGCGCUCUCGUACUACAACGGGGUGGGCAGCGUACAGAAAGGGCGACCCAGAAAAAGGAAAAGCCCCGGACCAGGGGGAGAUCUGGCCGCAUAUAACGCAGGUAAGAGCUCACUAAGCUGCAAUGAGAACGACGGAGAUCCCUUGGACAGAGACUCUCAGUACAGCUCUGGUCAAAAAUCCAAGCGCAUGAGGACGUCCUUUAAGCACCAUCAGCUGAGAACUAUGAAAUCAUAUUUUGCCAUCAACCAUAACCCUGAUGCCAAGGAUUUAAAACAGCUGGCACAGAAAACCGGUCUUACCAAGCGUGUACUUCAGGUCUGGUUUCAGAACGCUAGGGCCAAGUUCAGACGAAAUCUCCUGCGUCAAGAGAAUACUGGCGUGGACAAGAAUUCAGAUGGGUCAACUCUGGCUGGAGGAACGCCAUCUGGACCGGCUUCUGAGAUCUCGAAUGCCUCCAUGAGCCCGUCUAGCACACCUACUACACUGACAGACCUCACUAACCCUACAAUGCCCACCGUCACCUCAGUAAUGACCUCCGUCGCAGGAACUUUGGAUGUCCAUGAGUGCCGGAGUCCUUCUCAGACCACACUCACCAGCCUCUUCUGA